AUGACCGACGGUGAGCACGCCAAGCCAGGUGCGGCAGACAUGGACACCAUCACCGCCCUUAGCGUGCGAGAGCAGGUGGAGGCUUUGGCGCAGGCUUUGUUGCGGGAGUUUAUGCACCGCCGCGGCUACACGAAAACGCUGCAGAUGUUUGACCGCGAGUGCCCGCGUGACGCGCGCACAAUUGCCUCCCGCCAGCUGAUGCGACAGCUACUGGAGAUCCCUGCGCAUGCGUUUCCCUCACGACUGAGCGCCCCCGCAGAGGUGGCGGUGGACACCGACAAAAAAGAUAGAAAGAAGAAUAAGCAUCCGCCUCCGACGUACAUGGAGGAGCUGUGUUCCUACCGACUACAGAAGCGGGAGGUGCAACAACGUUGGCAGCAGGCGGAGGAGCAGAGGCGAACAGGAGCGGAGGCGGUGCUGACGGUGAAAGAUCCCAGUGAUGCGGAGAUGGAGGAGUGGCGCGGGGCUGCGACGGAAAGGGAGCGGCGUAUUGCGGAGGCACACGAGCGAAUUGCGCGAAAACAGCGGAAACGGGACAAACUGCGAAAGAAGCGGGAUAAAAAGCGACAAAAGCAGUCUGAGGCGGAGGACGGGUGUGGGGGCAUGGCGCAGGUCUCCCACGCUGCCGCGUCCCAUCAUCAUGGGAAGCACCAUCGGCGCCCUGACGACAUCAGCGACGACGACGAGCUGUUGCACCCUGUGGGCGGGUGGGCGCGGCGCCAGAACAGUGGCAGCGCGGAUGAUGGCGGCGGGGUCGGUGGUGGAGGCGUGCUUGGCAGCGCCGCACACGGCAGACUGGCGGAGCCGGAGUUUCUUUUUGGUCGGCUGGAUAGGCAGGGCGAGGGCCGUUUGACAGGCCACGCGGUGGGCUCGCACUGGGCGCCGAGUAGCGGGGAAAUGCCGGGUUCGCUGGGAUCGGGGGGAGGCACCCCAUUUAUCCCGGACGCUCCCGCGGUGGCGUCGUCAGUGACCGGGGCCUCCGCCACCACUAGUGCUGCCUCCGAGCGAGCACCUUUUUUUCUCGUGGGCGAAGGCAUGUCACUCAUGUCGGAGCGAAUGCAGGCGGCAAAGCGGCAUAACGCGUCAGAGGAUUGGCGACUGCCAGCACCGAUGCCGCUGGCAUCGUCCUCUAUCUUACCCGCCUCUGUCAUGCGAGAGGUCGGCGCUACUGGUGGUGGCGGGAGCCGCGGCAUGCGAGACGGCGCCGGGUUCGUAUUGAAGUCGGCGUCAAGUGCGCGGCCGCGGCAUGCCUCGCGCGAAAUCAGUCAAGCGGGGUCGGUGCUGGCCUUUCCCUACGCCACGGCCGGGUGGCAAACAAUGAGCCACAGCCCCAGCAGCCACGCGCGCAGCCUCUCCACUUCGGCGGAGGAAACGUCCCCCGUCUCUAUCCCUCCCGCGCCGGCGAGCGGCAUCUUGAAGUUGUCGUCGGAGCCUCGUCGCGGGUUUGAUGGUAAUGCCCGCCCUGCGUGUAGCGCAAUGCGUAAAAUUACCACAUCGAAAGAUGCUCUCCCCGGCAACAGCAAAGACGAUGCAGCAGGAGGCGAAACAAACGGCAACGAACGUGAACAGUCAUCGGGGAGGAAGAAGCGCAAGGUGACCAUCCUGGUAGACUAG